CAACACCUCUCUCCUUAUACCGAUUAUUUCCGGGUCCUUUCACAAUGGGAGGAAGUGAUCCAAAGCCACAUGCUCCGGCGAGCGCCCAUCCACAUGCCAACAACAUUGGCGGGGGUCAUCAUGGAAUGAUCAGAUAUCCCAAACACGUCUGGUCCCCUACCGGUGGAUGGUACUCCCAGCCUGCCAACUGGAAGGCCAACACGGCCAUCGUCCUCGCCGUCAGCUCCAUCAUCAUCGCCUUCACCUGGAAACUCAGCGCCGAGCGAGAAGUGCGCUACAAAAUGCCCGACCCGGAUCGGUUUUAUCCGAGCAGAUACUGGAGCAAGCAGAUUAUCGAACACGAGAAGAAAACGAAACUACACAAGGAGCAGAAGGAGGCCGCGGACAGCCGAUAGAGUUGAGGGAUAUGAAAGCAUUGUUUUGGAGAUCAUGGCGCGACCAGCAUCUUGUGACGAUGCGUCCGAACUGGUGUACUAUUAGACCCCGAAGACCAAGGGUUCUGUGAAUAUAUAUCUUCGUUGUUGCAGGCCCGGACAUGCCACGAUGUGGAUGGAGGAAUAGAUCAAGCGGACUCGAGAUAGCCAGUACCCGCCAACAAUUCGAAGGACGGCCGUAUGCAGCAUACUGAUUCUAAAUGGGCCUGUUGAAUCCAAUUGGGACUGUGAUGUGCCGUGAUGUGUUCACAGCGAGAUAAUAAUCAGCUCCCCCGGCAUGACCAGAUGGAAUCGCUAAUUUUCUUCAAUAGCUACCUUCAUGUACCAUGCCAUGUAUACAACUGAA